AUGUCUAGGUAUGAAAGGUUUGAAAUGCAAUCCAAAGAAACCAUAGAAGAGAUGUUUACUAGAUUCAAUGAUAUUAUUAAUGAACUCAACUCCCUUGGUAGGAAAAUUCCUAUUGAUGAACAGGCAAGGAAGAUCUUAAGAAGCCUACCACAAGAUGAACACUGGAGAUCCAAGGUUACUGCCAUGCAGGAAGCUAAGGACUUCACUAAGUUCAAUAUGGAACAACUAGUUGGAUCAUUGAUGACUCAUGAACUUCAUCUGAGUUCCAACAUUGAAAGUUCCAGAAAUAAAGGUUUGGCACUCAAGGCUGAAGACUCAGAAGGAUCAGAAGUUGAUGAGGAAGAGAUGGCUAUGCUAGUAAGGAAAUUUAAGAAGAUGAUGAACAAUAGGAAGUUUGACAGGAACAAGAAGUAUACAAGUUUCAGAAACACAACGUGUUUCAAGUGUGGAUCAAAGGAUCAUUUUAUCAAAGAUUGCCCUGUUCAGGAUGGAGAGAAAGGCAAGACUAAAGGCAAGGAGCAAUCCAAAGAGUCAAGAGUCUACAAGCCUUAUUUCACCAAGGACAACGUUAAGAAAGCCAUGCUUGCUGCUUGGGGUGAUACAGAUUCAGAAGAAGAAGAGGAGGAUCAACCAUCAGAAGAAACUGCUCAUUUAUGUCUAAUGGCAAAAACUGAUGAAGCUGCCAAGCUAAAGGAGCUUGAGUCUGAGGUAUGGUUCUCUUACAAUCAAUUAAUACAUCUGUCUAAAGAGAAUCUAAUAGAUACUGUUUUGGAAAUUCAAGAAGAUCUAAAAGAAUUGCAUAGAUCCAAACAUCUAAGUGACAUAAUUGCUAUUGGCAAGAUAGGAAGGUCACGGUCCCAUGCUAUUGAUAAUGUACUUUUGGUCGAGGGCCUCAAGCACAAUUUGUUAAGUAUUUCUCAGUUUUGUGACAAAGGUAACUCUGUUAGCUUUACUUCAAAUAAGUGCAGAAUCAUCCACAAUGACAUUGGGAACAUUAUUUUAGAAGGAACUCGAAAGGAGAACACAUAUGUUGUGGAUCUUAACGAGGUUCCUAACAGUAGUUUAACAUGUCUUAGUGUUAUUGAGGAUGAUCCUCUUUUAUGGCACAAAAGAUUUGGUCAUGCAAGCUUUUCUUUACUUGAUAAACUAAGAUCUAAGAACUUAGUGGAAGGACUUCCUUGCAUUAAGUUCCUGUAUGAUAAAGUGUGUGAAGCUUGUGCUAAAGGUAAACAGACCAGAAUUUCUUUCAAGUCCAAAAAGGUGGAUUGUGAUGAUGAUUUCGAAAUUGGACUUGUGCGUAAGCAAAAUCCAGAUGAGGAACUAGCAUCAUUGCAGAAGCAGCAUGAUGAAGUUGCAAAAGUAACGAAUAAUGAAACAAAUACUGAACCAGAGUUGGAGAAUGCACCAGGAACUCCACUUCAAGAACAGACUGAAAAUCUUAAUGAAGGCUAA